ACGCUCGUACGGUAUACACCAUGAGUGCAGAUUGUGUGGAUUUGCGAAUGCAACCGACCUGUAAUGGCUCGUUUAAAGCAGCUAAAAUAAUUUUUUUACGUUAAACGUGAGCCGCGGGUUGACAACAGGGAUGUCAAGAAUGACAAGCGACUCCAAAGAUGUCUUGUUUUUCCGGUGAAUCUGUUGAAAGGAUAUUGGUUUGAAAUUUUUGUGACCAUUUCUGUACAUACGAAGGUAGCAUUGACGGAAUGAAGGCUUUUUGCAAGAAUCCCAAAGUUCGGUACCUGUUCCUAUGCAUAUUAAUCACCUUCGUCGUAUCUUGCAUAAUCGGUAUUACACCAAUUAGCUUAGAUGAAUGCAAAUGCGAUAUCCAAGAUUCACCUUCCAGACGAAUCAGGCAAGUUUGGCGAACAAAUGAAAUCAAAAGUGGCAAGCAUCGUCUGGCUAUACUCGUGCCAUUCAGGGAUCGCUUUGAUGAAUUGCUCACUUUUGUCCCUCACAUGCAUAAGUUUCUUAGUAAACAGAACAUUCGGUAUCAUAUAUUUAUAGUGAAUCAGAUUGAUAACUAUAGGUUCAAUAGAGCAUCGCUCAUUAAUGCAGGUUUCCUGGAAGUACAAAAAGACUUUGAUUAUAUAGCGAUGCAUGAUGUUGACUUGUUACCCAUGACCGAUGAACUGCUGUAUCAUUACCCAGCACAAGGACCUUACCACAUCGCCUCGCCUGACCUCCAUCCCCGAUACCAUUAUCCUACUUUUGUUGGUGGUAUUUUACUAGUAAAUAGUAGCCACAAUUUUUCUUUUAGAGAACAUUUUGUACAAGUCAAUGGAAUGUCAAACAAAUACUGGGGUUGGGGUCUGGAAGACGACGAAUUUUACGUGAGACUGAAAGAAGCUGGUUUGAACAUUGGCCGGCCAGAAAAUGUAACUACCGGAACGCACAACACAUUUAAACAUAUACACGAUAGGAAUAGGAAAAAACGAGACAUGACCAAGUGUUACAAUCAACGUGAAGUUACUCGCAGACGGGAUCGACGAACUGGCCUCAAGGAUGUGUCCUAUGAAUUGGUUGACGUCACCGAACUUACGAUUGCGGGAACACCUACAAUAACUGUGUUAAAGAUAUCAUUAAAUUGUAACAAAACUGAUACACCGUGGUGUGAUUGUACUAAAGCAGAUGACAUGAAAGGUGAAAAAGUUGACGACAUAAAAAAAAUGAAAAAAUCACAGCAUGGAUCAUGAACAAAACACUAUUCCUUAACAAACGAAAAUUAAAAAACUGAAAUCAUAUGAUUUCUAAAAUUUUUCUAAUCCUUAAAACCCUCUCUUUGAGUAUUUAAAACAUU